CUGUUCUGUGUGUUGUUCGACACAUACUUUUUUCACUUUAACGCUUGUUGUUUAUUUUACCGCAUUCUCAAUCACUUUUAGUCCACAAAUGAGAGUUGAGUGAAACAACCUUUGAUGAAUAACACAUUUAAAGGUUUAAAGAUUUAGAACGUUUGUUGGUUGUAAUAGAAAGUGAGUGGACGACGGUAGAGCAUUUUUAUUUUUGCCAAUUCAUUCAGUCGUUCGUUCACAAACAGGAACAAUAGGAACGUAUAAAUUAUUUGUGUGAAUAUUUCUUGGAUAUUGAAAUAUCAUCAGUUAUUAAAAUAAGCUGUGGCUGAUGGUCAUAAACAAAAUAGGAAUAAAGUGAAAAAGUUCAUAGCCCAAAAAAAGCAUAGAAAAAGCACAAGAGGGUGUCGAGUAAAGUUUGGUGUUUAUUUUACUUCAAACGUAAAGAAGUGCAAACAAUUGAAAAACGCGAUAAAAAAAAAAGGAAAAGUUCUCUUAUUUUGUUCCGUAUAAUAAAAUAAUUAAAAGCGACAAUAAACAUAACAACUGGCAUCACGCAAUAUAUUUUAACCGAACCAAUUAUGGAUGCUGGAAGGUUUACGAUAAUUCUUUACUUGCUUUCGACAAUGCUCUUAAUUAAUAGCGCGAUGAGUUAUGAUAAGCAACAAAAUGUGAGUCAAAUUAACAAUGUAAAGGAUGUCACAACCGAGUGGAUGAAUAAAGCAUUCGUAGCCACAACACCAAGAGCAAUUAAAACGAGAGAUGAUUCAAGAAGCUCAAGUGAAGAAGAGGACGAUGAUGACGAAGUCGAACAUCCGAUAGCUCAAGUUCGUCAAGCAAGCAAUAGCAAUAGCGGUUUUAAUCCAGUUACGAUGGUGUUUAAUGCUGUCACUAGUGCACUACUCAAAUCCGCUCAAAAUGUUGCCCGUAAAAGUCCUGCAGAGAUAUUUAGGAGUUCAUCAAGCGAAGAUGAUGAUGAAUAUUAUGAAGAUGGCAGCAACGGCACUCAAGAAGCAGAGCCUGAAAAGAAAGGAAGUAGUGAAAGCAGUGUAAUUACAAGAAACACAACUUCAGAUGGAGUGUUUGAAGGAAGACAAGCUGGAGGAAGUUAUAUUAAGGGAGAUCCACUCAACGGUUAUUACGAUUUCGUAAUUACGGAAGGCUCAUACAAAUUUUGGGUGGUAUUUCAGCUUUUCACAGCUGGUCUUCUGAUUUAUUCAACACUAGCCGCAAUUUAUUAUUCAAAAGUUAAUCCCCUUACGAGCGAUUACGAUUAUGUUGAUUAUCUGAGUCGAUCAUUUCAUGGACGAUCAAUGGACUCUGCAGAUGUCGAUGAUGAUGCUGACGAUACGUCGACAGCCUCAAGCGGAAUAAGAGAAUCAGCGAGAACAUAUUUAUCAUCACUAGAGCACAACAAAUGGGUACGAACCGCAGCUUAUGGUUUUCAGUUUGCUAUGGAUGCAAUCGAUCGCAUUCCAAAAUGAAUUCAUGAGCAGCAAUAAUAACAAUAA